CUCCGAAGCAGCUUAAUUCUGGACACCAGUAUUAGCGUUGGUGUGUUUGUUCCUGGUCGAAAGAAAGGAUUUUUGUUUCUUUCCAUAAGAAAAGCAUCAUAAGGUGAACGCAAUCAUGCCUUUCGGUAACACGCACAACAAGCUGAAGAUGAACUUUUCUUCGGAGCAGGAGUACCCUGACCUCAGCAAGCAUAAUAACCACAUGGCUAAGGUGCUGACUCCGGAGAUGUACGCCAACCUGCGGGAGAAAGAAACUCCAAGUGGAUUUACCUUGGAUGAUGUUAUUCAAACUGGGGUUGAUAACCCAGGCCACCCCUUCAUCAUGACAGUGGGCUGUGUGGCUGGAGACGAGGAGACGUACGAGGUCUUCCAGGAGCUGCUGGACCCCGUCAUCGAGGACCGUCAUGGCGGAUACAAGCCCUCAGACAAACACAAGACGGACCUGAACCCAGACAAUCUCCAGGGUGGCGAUGACCUGGACCCCAACUACGUCCUGAGCUCCAGAGUGCGCACCGGCAGGAGCGUCCGUGGCUUCUGCCUCCCCCCACACUGCAGCCGCGGGGAGCGACGGGCCAUCGAGACCAUGUCCAUCGAAAGUUUAGACUCGCUUGAUGGGGACCUUCAGGGCAAGUACUACGCCCUGAAGAACAUGACAGACGACGAGCAGCAACAGUUGAUUGAUGACCACUUCCUAUUCGACAAGCCCGUAUCCCCCCUGCUGCUGGCAUCUGGUAUGGGCCGUGACUGGCCCGAUGGCAGGGGCAUCUGGCACAACGACAACAAGACUUUCCUGGUCUGGGUCAACGAGGAGGACCACCUGCGUGUCAUCUCCAUGCAGAAAGGUGGCAACAUGAAGGAGGUCUUCCACCGCUUCUGCACGGGCCUUACAAAGAUUGAGAGCCUGUUCAAGGACAAGGGCCAUGAGUUCAUGUGGAACGAGCACCUGGGCUACGUGCUCACCUGCCCCUCCAACCUGGGCACCGGGCUGCGUGCCGGCGUACACGUCAAGCUGCCCAACGUCAGCAAGCACGAGAAGUUUGGCGAGGUCCUCAAGAGGUUGAGGCUGCAGAAGCGCGGCACAGGUGGCGUGGACACCGCAGCUGUGGGCGGAGUCUUCGACAUCUCCAACGCUGACCGCCUGGGCUUCUCUGAGGUGGAGCUGGUGCAGAUGGUGGUGGACGGAGUCAAGACUCUGGUGGAAAUGGAGAAACGCCUGGAGGCCGGCCAGUCCUUCGACGACAUCAUGCCCGACCAGAAGUGAAAUGCUUCUCUGCUGACCUUUUGACCUCUUUGCCCCGCCCUUUCCCUCACCAGUAUUCCCCCCCCCCCCCCCCGUCCUGUGUGUCUCUCCCCGAAAACCAAUAAUCGUAAUUACAUCCAGGAAAUACACUCCGCCCAAGCGUUUAGUGACACUAAAGUUAGACGAGUCUUCCAUCAAGUGUGAUGAAGGAUUUUGUAUUUCAAAGCCGUCUUGUUGCAAAACAAUGUCGAGGAUGGAUCUUAACACCUGAAAUAAAGUCUCUUGGCCCAUGGAA